AUGACGGACGAUUCUUCUCCACGUCCGAAAUCUUAUCGUAUUGGAUCACUUCGCGGCUUCCUUCCUCUCUCCGACACAAGCAACGCAUUCUCCACACGCGGUCAGAAACUUCCAUCGCUACUCCAGAGCAGAUCUACAGCCAAUGUUAAAGACCUGUGGGCGCAGACACCGCAACGAAGGUCAGCAACUCCCGAAACGAUUGAAGAUGACGAGAGCGACGUGGAGCGAAACGUGGAUGGAGGGGACGAUGGGCCAUCACCCGCAAAGAGCAGAUUGUCAAAGAUGGACAGGAGAAUGAGUGGCGUGAGCGAUGGGGGCGAGGUUCUGAUGACCCCACAGAUGAGAAGCAUGCGUUUAAUUGGGAGCAACAAUCCAAGAUAUCAAUGGGAGCAAUACUACAAGAGCGACGAAGAAUUGAAGAAGAUGAAGAAGUCCAUACGGAAAUAUUAUCAACGUAACAACCACCUCAUAUCUUCGUAUCUCUACAUCGACCGCCUUCUUGAUUCGUCACUUCCACACAAUCUCAUCCAGGAGUACAAUCACCCGGAUCCAGACUUGCAUAUUCCUAAGACCAUCUCCGAGGAGCAAACCUCCACAUUGGACGUUCAACAUCCUUCUGCUGACAUCAAGCCCACGGCUAACGGUCACGGCAGCCAAGUUAAAGUGAAGCGGACUCCAAAAGCACUGUACAAGCUCCCAGACGAAGACACGCCCCUUUUGGGUGACGGCGCGCAAGACGGACCCAAAGCCUAUGAAAUCCAAGGCUCCGACGAUGACGAUGAUCACGAGAGCGGAAGCAAAGUAGUGACUAUUGCCAUUUAUGUAAACCUAGCAGCCAACGCCAUUCUUCUCGCUGGGAAAAUCGCAGUGAUUGCCCUCACCUCCUCGCUUUCCGUGCUUGCUUCUCUGGUCGAUGCAGCUCUCGACUUCCUUUCUACCGCCAUUGUAUGGACGACUACCAAGCUCAUCUCCCGCCAGGAUCAAUACAGAUACCCUGUUGGGCGCCGUCGUCUCGAGCCUCUUGGCGUCCUCGUCUUCAGCGUUAUCAUGAUAACGUCUUUCUUCCAGGUCUUUCUAGAAUGCUUUAACCGGCUCACAUCCCCUGAUCACUCCAUCAUCCAGCUUGGACUCCCAGCGAUCAUAAUCAUGGCUUCUACCGUUUUCAUAAAGCUAGGAUGCUGGUUCUGGUGCCGGCUCAUCAAGAAUAGUUCCGUUCAAGCUCUGGCCCAAGAUGCAAUGACGGAUGUCGUGUUCAACAUUUUCUCCAUCAUAUUCCCGUUAGUAGGCUACUAUGCUUCCCUCUGGUGGCUCGAUGCUCUCGGCGGUCUGUUGCUUUCUUUGUAUGUGAUAAUAAAUUGGUCAAGGACGUCCAGCACUCAUAUCAAACACCUUACGGGUGCCGCUGCCCCUGCUGCUGACCGCAACGUUCUACUUUACCUCACCAUGCGGUUCGCCAAAACAAUCAAAUCGAUACAAGGCUUGCAAGCUUACCAUGCGGGUGAUAAAUUGAACGUGGAAGUCGACGUUGUGCUGGAUGAGGGUAUGACGCUGAGGGACAGUCAUGAUUUGGGAGAGAGUCUGCAGUACGUAUUAGAGAGUGUUCCGACUGUGGAUCGGGCGUUUGUGCAUUUGGAUUAUACGGAUUACAAUCUGCCUAGCCAUAUGCAGCAGCAAGCCGGCUAA